AUGAACAAGCUAGUGAUUCUGGGACUUCUGGUCGGGUCCGCGAUGGCGGUGCCGAUGCCGGACUCUAACGUCGUGCAGGUGAACAGGGACCUCGAUUGCCUGGAGCAAGAGGACUCGUUGUUCAGCUGCAUGCUCGUGAAGGCUGUCAGCACGUUGGACAGGGCUGCCAGGUCCAGCAAUAUCGAGAUCAUCGAUGGGGUGACAUUCGUACGGGAUACGCCAAUGGAACGCAGCGGUAAAGACCUGAAGACCGAGAUGGACAUCAUGAACGAGCUGCCUAGAGACGCCUCUGAUCGGGCGAUUAAGCUAGCGACCAUGCUCUACGAGUCCGCGAUGUCCUUCGUGAAGUCGCACAGCCUGAAGCUGAGCAUGCCCGAGGACGGUUCGAUCUCGCGCGCUCUCAGCGAAGGUCGCGGAAAGAUGAAGAAGAUGAUCCUGCCCUUGAUCGCUGUCGUCGGAGUGAAACUGUUCGCCCUGGUCCCUAUUCUCCUCGGUGGUCUCGGUCUCCUGGUCGCGAAGGCGCUCUUCGUCGGCAAGAUCGCUCUUCUGUUGGCCGGAGUCCUGGCCUUCCAGAAGCUCUCCAGUGGUGGCAGUUCGGGCCCAGCGAGUUUCUUCAGCAAGAACGCACAGCCAGCAUCAGGAUGGGCGGACAGUGGCAGUCAGGGUUGGUCCGCUGGUGCCGUAGCUCAACCGCAGGGCUACUACAAGAGAAGCUUCGAGGCUGAACAGGACGCUCAUGCGAUGGCUUACUCGGCCCAGGCGCCGUCCACCAACGAAGCACAUUAA